AAAGUACUCACGGGGCGGCCCGUAUCCCUCCGCCGCCGGCGCGGCUCAGCCCUCCCUGCCCUGGCCCGCCAAUCCCCGCUCUCCCGACCUGCCCCUCGGCCUAGGCCCACCCCGCGCUCCGGCUGCCCCACCCCGGCGGCGCCGCCCGCCCGCGCGUCCCUCGGUCCACCUGCAGCAGGCAGUCCCUCCGGCUGUCCGACCCAGAGGCUCCGGCCGAGCCCGAGGCCUGGGCUCUUGCUCCCCGGCGGAGGGAUCCGCGGCGACUGAGGAGGCGGCGCUGAGCUUAGAAGGAAGAGGCAGCUACCGCGGUGGCGGCGGCCGCGGCUCGGGCAGUAGCGCAUAAAGGGGCCGCCGCCGGGUGAUGCGGUGACCGCUGCGGCAGACUCAGGAGCCGAGUGGGCCCUGGCCCUCAGUCCGUCCCGCCGGACCCGCGCUCCGGAACUCCCCAUCUUCUCCGGCCGACCCUCGAGCACCGAGGCGGCCUCGCGCCCCCUCGCCCCUUCCCCGUCCCUCCCCUGCCCCCGUCCCCGCCCCGGGGGCCGCCGCCACCCGCCUCCCACGAUGGCUCUGAAGAGAAUCCACAAGGAAUUGAACGACCUGGCACGGGACCCCCCAGCACAGUGUUCAGCAGGUCCCGUUGGAGAUGAUAUGUUCCAUUGGCAAGCUACAAUAAUGGGGCCAAAUGACAGUCCCUAUCAGGGUGGAGUAUUUUUCUUGACAAUUCAUUUCCCAACAGAUUACCCCUUCAAACCACCUAAGGUUGCAUUUACAACAAGAAUUUAUCAUCCAAAUAUUAACAGUAAUGGCAGCAUUUGUCUUGAUAUUCUACGGUCACAGUGGUCUCCAGCACUAACUAUUUCAAAAGUACUUUUGUCCAUCUGUUCUCUGUUGUGUGAUCCCAAUCCAGAUGAUCCUUUAGUGCCUGAGAUUGCUCGGAUCUACAAAACAGAUAGAGAAAAGUACAACAGAAUAGCUCGGGAAUGGACUCAGAAGUAUGCGAUGUAAUUAAAGAAAUUAUUGGAUAACCUCUACAAAUAAAGAUAGGGGAACUCUGAAAGAGAAAGUCCUUUUGAUUUCCAUUUGACUGCUUUCUAUGAGCCCACGCCUCAUCUUCCCCUGUGCACAUGUUUACCUGAUACAGCAGUGCUACGUGUUGUACAUACUUGGAACAACAAACUAGAAAUACUGUACUUCUGUACCAACAUUGCCUCCUAGCAGAGAAGUGUGUGUGUGACAAGCCAGUUCUCCAGGCAUAACCUAGGUGUGAAACUAAAAGCUUUCCUUAUUGACUUAAAUUUGGAUGACAGCAGAGUGAGGGGUGGUGGGUAUGGUGUGUGCUUGGAUGGGGAAGAAAAGCUCCACUGACCUGUAGGAGAUUGUUUUUUAAGUGAAAUCCUAUUAAACUCAAAACAGUUAUGAAAAGCAAGGUGAAGAACGUGAAGCUGUUUCUGUUUUCAUUUUAUUCCGAAGGACUUACGUCUUAGGUGAAAGUUAUAACCAAUCAGAUUAAACUCUACCCACAUCCUGUAUUUUAAGGUCUAAGUUUAACUGGUCAACAUUUAAAUGGAUUGGAGCUAUUAGUAAGUAAAGUGUGAUGGGCUUUGUUCCCAGCUCUUUUACACCUCCCCACCCUUCAACCUUCAUCCUUCAGCCCCUCUUUCUCUCUUCCAUAUUCUUUGGUUUGUAUGUGGUUUCUCAUUUAAUACAUAGCUAAUAGCUCUUAUUUUUCUUAUGUUUUUAACUGCUUAGGUCUAUCUGGAUGUAAGGGUGAAAAUUCAUUUGAUGGAAAUACUUGUGUAUAUUUAAAGACCCAAUUGCUCCUCUGGAGCUUGUACGUUCAAGAAUGAUUAAUCUGUGUAAUAAACUGGUUACUACAGUCAUUACAUAUAA